CAGCGCGAGUCUCAUCAUCACCGCAUCGCCAGGCAAGCAGCCUCGAGACCCACCGACCAACGGACCCUCAGUGGUCCCUCAUCACAAAUACUAUAAUAACGGAGAGGAGGUAGACUCCUCACGAAACCAUGUCAGGGCCCCGGUGAACAGACAAACAGAUUUAUUCUCUUUGUUCGCGUCGACGCACCGCUCGCCGCCGAGGAGGGGCCGUAGAAUAGUGCUCUCUCUCUCUCUCUGGCGGAGGAGUGGGGGAAGAGGAGAAGAGAAAGCAACAGAGAGAACCGAGGUAUUUUUCUACCGGAUAACCUAAUGGCAGAGCGCGAGGCGUCGCCGUUACCACUGGAGGUUCGCGCCCGGCUGGCGGAGCUGGAGCUCGAGCUGUCAGAGGGUGACAUCACACAGAAGGGUUAUGAGAAGAAGCGGUCUAAGCUGAUCAGGGCCUACUUCCCUCAUCCUGGAGGUAUGGAGGGUAUGUCUCACCGCCCCCCCUUUGCCCCCCCAUCUGCUGCUCGGUUCCACAGACGGCGCUCUUCUGGAACACGUGAUGAACGCUACCGUUCAGAUGUCCACAGUGAGGCAGUGCAGGCAGUGUUAGCCAGACAUGUGGAGAGCAACGUGGCAGUGCCUAUGCCCUCCAAACGACGAUCACUGGUGGUACAGACAUCCAUGGAUGCGUACACACCCCCAGGCCUGUCCCCACUGUGCUCAGACUCGUCGUCGGGCUCAGAGGAAGAGGCGGGGCCAGGCAAUGACAUGCCGGGAAUGGAACACUGGAUGACUCGCCCUGCCCACUUAGGUCCAGCCCACCUAGGCUCCACCUCCUCGUCGUCCUCGUCCACUCAGAGCGGAGGAAGUGGCAACGCAGGACGACUGGCCGACUCGCUCGCACACACACACCUCUCACACCCACACCUGGCACACGCCCACCUCACACACACACAUCUGACCCAGUCACAUCACGUGUCAGCUCACCACUCACAAACACACCACGGUAUAGGGCACCUAUCUCUGAAGCGUAAGGCAGCUCUGGGCAUGGCGGAGAACGGAGGCUCUCUCAGAAGAUCCUGUGAGUUCGGUUCUGAUAUGCUGUGGCCUCCACCACUGGAGUCUGACGAGAAUCACUCUGCUCCUCCUGAUGUGACUGGCUAUUCGUCUGACUCCUCCCACUCCCGCCCCCACUCAGAGCGCCACAUAGGAACCAUCGCCCGAAACACUCAGAAAUACGGCAACGCUGAACGCAUGGAGACUGGAGACGGUGUCCCGGUCAGCAGUCGUGUGUCUGCUAAGAUCCAGCAGCUAGUGAACACUCUGAAAAUGCCUCGUAGACCUCCGCUAAGAGAGUUCUUUGUUGAUGAUUUUGAAGAACUUCUAGAAGUCCAGCAGCCAGAUCCUAAGCAGCCGCGCCCGGAGGGGGCAGAAAUGUUGGCAGUAAGUGGAGAAGCCCUGGGGGUGGUGACUAACUGGCCACCCUCCCUGGAGGCAGCUCUCCAACGCUGGGGCACCAUCAGCCCUAAAGCGCCCUGUCUCACCAGCCUGGAUACCACUGGCAAACCUCUAUAUGUACUCACAUACGGGAAGUUGUGGUCUCGGAGUAUCAAGCUGGCCUAUAACAUCCUCCACAAGCUGGGCAGCAAGCAGGAGCCCAUGUUGCGACCGGGGGACAGGGUUGCGCUGGUGUUUCCUAACAAUGACCCGGUGGCCUUCAUGGUGGCCUUCUACGGCUGCCUGCUUGCUGAGGUGGUCCCUGUACCCAUAGAGGUGCCCCUCACACGCAAGGAUGCUGGCAGCCAGCAGAUUGGGUUCCUAUUGGGAAGCUGUGGGGUUACCGUGGCACUGACCAGUGAUGCCUGCCAUAAAGGCUUGCCCAAGAGCGCUACAGGAGAGAUACCACAGUUCAGAGGGUGGCCUAAGCUGCUGUGGUUCGUGACCGAGUCGAAGCAUCUCUCCAAACCUCCUAGAGAUUGGUUCCCUCACAUCAAAGAUGCAAACAGCGACACAGCCUAUAUAGAGUAUAAAACGUGUAAGGAUGGGAGUGUCCUGGGCGUGACAGUGAUGAGGAUCGCUCUGCUGACUCACUGCCAAUCCCUCACACAGUCGUGUGGCUACACAGAAGCGGAGACCAUAGUGAAUGUUCUAGACUUUAAGAAGGAUGUGGGACUGUGGCACGGCAUCCUCACGAGUGUGAUGAACAUGAUGCAUGUGAUCAGCGUUCCCUACUCUCUGAUGAAGGUCAACCCGUUGUCCUGGAUACAGAAGGUCUUCCACUUCAAAGCCAAGGUAGCAUGUGUAAAGUCCAGGGACAUGCACUGGGCUCUGGUGGCCCACAGAGAGCAGAAGGACAUCAGCCUGAGUUCCCUCCGGAUGCUGCUGGUCGCCGACGGAUCUAACCCCUGGUCUAUUUCAUCCUGUGAUGCGUUCCUCAACGUGUUCCAGAGUAAAGGCUUGAGGUCAGAGGUCAUCUGUCCCUGUGCCAGCUCUCCUGAAGCCCUGACCGUUGCCAUCAGGAGGCCAGUGGAGGACAGUAGCCAGCCACCAGGCCGAGGGGUUCUCUCCAUGCAGGGUCUGAGUUACAGUGUGGUCCGCGUCGACACAGAGGAACGAUUGUCAGUCCUCACUGUGCAGGAUGUGGGCACUGUUAUGCCUGGAGCCGUAGUGUGUGUGGUAAAGCCAGAGGGUGUGCCUCUCCUGUGUAAGACAGAUGAGAUCGGGGAGCUGUGUGUGUGUUCUGUCGCCACGGGAACCUCUUACUAUGGAUUGACAGGCAUGACCAAGAACACCUUUGAGGUGUUCCCUGUAGCCUCAGGUGGAGGCCUGGUCAGUGAGUAUGCAUUUGUGCGUACGGGGCUGCUGGGCUUUGUGGGUCCAGGUGGUCUGGUGUUUAUCUCCGGAAAGAUGGAUGGCCUCAUCAUGGUCAGCGGGCGCAGACAUAACGCUGAUGACAUCGUAGCCACCGCACUGGCCGUGGAGCCAAUGAAAUUCGUCUACAGGGGGAGGAUAGCAGUAUUCAGUGUGACCGUGCUGCGUGAUGAGCGUAUCGUAGUGGUAGCAGAGCAGAGACCAGACUCUACUGAGGAGGACAGCUUCCAGUGGAUGAGCCGCGUGCUGCAGGCGAUAGACAGUAUCCAUGGUGUGGGUGUGUUCUGCCUGGGGUUAGUUCCAGCCAACACCCUCCCGAAGACCCCCCUGGGGGGUAUACACCUGUCUGAGACCAAACAGCUGUACCUGGAGGGGGGGCUGCACCCCUGUAACGUGCUCAUGUGUCCUCACACCUGUGUUACCAACCUGCCCAAACCACGACAGAAACAACCAGAGAUUGGUCCUGCCUCUGUGAUGGUGGGGAAUCUGGUGUCUGGGAAGAGGAUCGCUAUGGCCAGCGGCAGAGACCUGGGACAGACUGAUGACAACGACCAGUUCCUGUUCCUGUCAGAGGUGCUGCAAUGGAGAUCUCAGACGACGCCCGACCACAUCCUCUACACACUGCUCAGCUCCCGGGGGCUGGUGUCUAGUUCUCUGACCUGUCUUCAGCUCCAUAAGAGGGCGGAGAGAGUUGCUGCCCUGCUGCUGGAGAGAGGAGGACUACAGGAGGGAGACCACAUAGCACUGGUCUACCCACCAGGUAUAGACUUGAUCGCAGCAUUCUACGGUUGCCUUUACGCUGGCUGUGUUCCUAUCACUGUCAGACCGCCCCACCCACAGAACAUCUCAACCACACUGCCCACAGUCAAGAUGAUUGUAGAGGUCAGUCGUUCGGCCUGUGUGAUGACCACAGCGGUCAUCUGUAAGCUGCUGCGGUCGAAGGAGGCGGUCGCCACAGUGGACAUCAGGAACUGGCCUCCUGUCCUGGACACAGAUGACCUGCCAAAGAAGAAGCCACCAGCUCUAUAUAAGCCCUGUAACCCUGAUGCCCUGGCCUAUCUGGACUUCAGUGUGUCCACUACUGGCAUGCUGGCUGGAGUACAGAUGUCCCAUAAUGCGGUGGGAGCGUUCUGCCGAUCGGUGAAGCUGCAGUGUGAACUCUAUCCCUCCAGAGAGGUAGCCAUCUGUCUCGACCCCUACUGUGGCCUGGGCUUUGUCCUCUGGUGUCUCUGCAGUGUGUAUAGUGGCCACCAGUCUAUCCUGAUCCCUCCAGUAGAGUUGGAGUCUAACCCAGCGCUGUGGCUGCUCGCUGUCAGCCAGCUCCGAGUCAGAGACACCUUCUGUUCCUACAGCGUCAUGGAGCUCUGCACUAAAGGACUGGGCCUGCAGACAGAGGCACUGAAGGCACGGGGCCUGGACCUGUCCCGUGUGAGGGCGUGUGUUGUGGUAGCAGAGGAGAGACCCAGGAUGUCUCUAACACACUCCUUCUCCAAGCUGUUUAAAGACCUGGGCCUGCACCCCCGAUCUGUCAGCACAGCAUUCGGCUGUAGGGUCAACCUGGCUAUCUGUCUACAGGGAACUUCUGGGCCGGAUCCCACUACAGUGUACGUGGACAUGAGAGCUCUGCGGCAUGAUAGGGUGCGGUUGGUGGAGAGAGGUUCUCCUCACAGUCUCCCUCUCAUGGAGUCAGGAAAGAUCUUACCUGGCGUCCGCAUCAUCAUCGCCAACCCAGAGACCAAGGGACCGCUGGGAGACUCCCACCUAGGAGAGAUCUGGGUGCACAGUGCCCAUAAUGGCAGUGGAUAUUACAGUGGUUAUGGAGAGGAGGUCCUUCAGUCUGAUCACUUCACCUCCAGACUCAGCUUCGGAGACACGUCCACCAUCUGGGCUCGCACCGGAUACCUGGGCUUCUUACGACGUACUGAACUCACCGAUGCCAGCGGAGAGAGACAUGAUGCUCUGUAUGUUGUGGGCGCGUUGGAGGAGGCCAUGGAGCUGAGGGGGAUGAGGUAUCAUCCUAUAGACAUAGAGACCUCCGUCAUCAGGACUCACAAGAACAUCAUGGAGUGUGCGGUGUUUCCCUGGACUAACCUGCUGGUAGUCGUAAUAGAACUAGAAGGGUCGGAGCAGGAAGCCCUGGACCUGGUUCCCAUGGUGACCAAGGCGGUGCUGGAGGAGCAUUACCUCAUCGUUGGGGUCGUCGUAGUAACGGACAUCGGGGUGAUCCCCAUCAACUCUCGCGGGGAGAAGCAACGCAUGCACCUCCGGGACGGCUUCCUACAGGACCAGCUCGACCCCAUCUACGUAGCUUAUAACAUGUAACCCAGAGGCCCCAUCCUGGGGGGGUGGACCUGAGUGAGGGGGAUGUGUGUGUAUGUGUGUGUUGGCAUGCGUGUGUAUGGAUAUGUGCUUGUAUAUCGCUAGUGUUAAUUUUAAAUCAAGACGUACUGUAUUUUUGAAUCUGCACAUGGUCAUAUGGUGUGGUGCCAGUUGUCUGAUCCUUUAGUUGUGCUGUGGUGGAGGCAUGGCUGUUUCUGCACCCCCGGUUAAACCUGACACCUAGACAGGAAGUCACUGUACAAAACCUUAAGGGAACACUGUAUCGAUAGACAGGAAGUCACUGUACAAAACCUUAAGGGAACACUGUGUAUCGAUAGACAGGAAGUCACUGUACAAAACCUUAAGGGAACACUGUGUAUCGAUAGACAGGAAGUCACUGUACAAAACCUUUAUGGAACAAUGUGUAUCGAUAGACAUGAAGUCACUGUACAAAACUUUAAGGGAACAUUGUGUAUCGAUAGACAGGAAGUCACUGUACAAAACCUUAAGGGAACACUGUGUAUCGAUAGACAGGAAGUCACUGUACAAAACCUUAAGGGAACACUGUGUAUCGAUAGACAGGAAGUCACUGUACAAAACCUUAAGGGAACACUGUGUAUCGAUAGACAGGAAGACUGACUGGACCACUAGUAGUUGUUGUUGGGAGAGAGAGAGAAAAUAUCCCUGAACAUAUCUGUUUUCUUGAUGAAAUAGACAUUAAAAAUAAAGUUAUUAAAGUAUAUUGUCAGAAGAAGACAGGGGGUUCAGAUUAGUGUAUAAAUAUAAAUAUUGUAUAUAAACAUAAUCUAUAUGGAGAGAAACACACUGAGGACUAGCCCUGUUAUACAGCUCUCUCCACCCACACCCUGUGUACGUGUGUGUGUGUGUGUGUGUGUGUGUGUGUGUGUGUGUGUGUGUGUGUGUGUGUGUGUGUGUGUGUGU